CCUUUGUUCCCCCUUCUUUAAAAAUCCUGUGUCUCCCGUCCCUCCCUCAUAUCGUCUUAGUCCUGGCUUCAAGGAUGGACUGUGCACUGCUGCUGCUGUCCCUGUGGGCUCUGAGUGGAGCUGUGGCCCCGCAGACCCCAGGGUCGUGUCCGGAGAGACUUCUGGGAGAGGAGCGGAGGAGGACGUGUCCUCGGCCCUGCAAGACUGACACGGACUGUGGCAACAAGCGCCAGUGUCUGUGUGAUGGCCAGUGUGGGCUCAGCUGUGUGGCUCCAGGGCGAACGUGUCCCUGGCCUCUGUCCCCCAGUGAGACCUCAGAGGCUCGCCUCCUCUCUCCCACCCACUCCUUCUCCGCCCUGCUCGAGGUGCGCUGCAAGUCUGGAUUCACUUUGCCCACUGGCUUGGAUGCCACUAUUCGCCGUUGCCAGGGUGACCGACAGUGGAGCGGUGAUGAGCCCAUCUGCUCAGAGACUAACUUGCCUGAACAAUCCGCCGCGGCUCAAACCUGCCCUCUACCUGAGGAGGUCGUCAACACCUUCAGCAUCCAGGGAGACGCUACGGCAGGAACCUCCAUCCGCUACAGCUGCCUGUCUGGGGCGGAUAUUGUGGGGAGCAGUGAGAAUUUCUGUCAGGAUAAUCAGACAUGGCAGUACCCUCACCCCAUCUGUAAAAAGGUGUACUGCCAGCCUCCUCCAGAGGUGGAGCAGGGCUACGUGGUGGCUGUCCAGAAGACUGAAUAUGAAGCUGGCUUUGACAUCCACUACCUGUGUAAAAAGAACUUCCAGCUGGAUGGACCCCAGAAAGUCACCUGCCUAUCCAAUGGCAGCUGGAGUGCAUCACCCCCAUUCUGCAGAGCUCGAUGUCUCAUCCCUGCUGAGCGGAGCCGUGUGAUGAUUGGUGGAAUGAAGCGCUGGCCGUUUGACGUGACAGACGCCGUGGUUCCUCACAGGGAAAAUGUGACGUUCUUCUGCAAACACCCCCGUAAGCCAUGCGGCUUCUCUGCAACCCAGACCUGCUUCGAUGGGAAGCUGCAGCCACCUGCCUGCUACCUUGAGCCCACAUGGUUGCAGUUUAAACUCUUCCCUCACCGGCUGGUCUCAGAGAUUGAAGCUUGUGAAACUGAUGAUGUGGAGUGAUGACCUCGACCCACCCAUCUCUCAUGACCCUGUGUCUCACUAUGACACACACCUCCACCCACAGCAGCCCCUCUUCACUCUGCAACUUUGCAUUAAUAUCUAUGCUAACAUUGUGAUGUGCUGCCUCUUUUCUAAAUACUAUCAAACUGCUGGCUUAAUUAUAAUCUGCUAACCUCUCAAGCAUUAGUAUUCCUCCUCCAGCUUGAGCAGAUACUGUAGAUGCAGACCAUGGAGGCUGUGUAUAAAAUGCAGUAAUAUCAGUUAAGCCUGUGAUGAUACCUUCAUGUAGCCGAACUCAUAAUGUCCUGACUCUGUGAUAUCUCACUGUGUGAUCCUUAUUCUCUCUUGAACCUGACGCAUCAAGUCUUAAGGCUUGUAAGUUUUUGAUGAUGUGAAAUAAAGUAAUGUCAAACUGG